UUUGUACCAAGUAGCCGUUGGAGUAAUAGCCGUUGAGAAGGGCAACGGCUAAAUUCUCCUCCUUGGAUCCGGACCGUUGAAUGCAAGUAGAGGAAUUCAAAAGGGCAGGAGGAGGGCUUGGCAUAAAUCUCCUCUCUUGCUAGAGAUUUUCUGCUUCUGGACUCUUUCCUGUUUUUGUUCUAGCUUUUGCUUUUAUUCUCCUUCCUCUCUUGCGCUCAUUAGGAAACAAACACAAACAAAGGAAAAGAAAAGAGAAGCAGAAAAAAAGAUGAACAACUUGAUGACCAAAUCUUUCAUGAGCUACGUGGACCUGAAGAAAGAGGCCCUCAAAGACCUUGAAGCCGGCGGCGGCGGCGAGGAUGAAGCCGCAGCCAUUGAGAUGGCAGCAACCAUCGGCAAAGUGGAUGCUAACUUAGGUCACUUCUUCGAGGAAGCCGGGCUGGUGAAGGAAGAGAUGGCCUCCAUCAGGGCCCUCCUGGUGAAUCUCCAGGACGCCAACGAGGAGAGCAAGUCCCUCCACAAGCCGGACUCCCUCAGGUCCCACCGCAACCGCAUCAACUCUGACAUCGUCCAGGUGCUCAGGAAGGCCAAGGCCAUACGCGACCGCCUCGAGGUCAUGGACCGCGCCAAUGCUGCUAACCGGAGGCUCUCCGGCUUCCGGGAGGGUACCCCCAUCGACCGCACCCGGACCUCGGUCACCAAUGGCCUCAGGAAGAAGCUGAGGGAACUGAUGAUGGAUUUCCAGGGUCUCAGGCAGAGAAUGAUGGCCGAGUACAAGGAGACCGUGGAACGGCGCUAUUUCACAGUUGCCGGUGAGGUCCCCGAGGAGGAGGUGAUCGAGAAGAUUAUCUCCGAGGGGGCCAGCGAGGAGCUCUUCUCCAAGGCCAUAUCUGAACACGGAAGCGGCAAGGUGCUAGAGACUGUGCACGAGAUCCAAGAUCGGCACGAUGCCGCCAAGGAGAUAGAGCGGAGCCUGCUGGAGCUCCACCAGGUGUUCCUGGACAUGGCGGUGAUGGUGGAGGCCCAGGGGGAGACAAUGGAUGACAUCGAACACCAUGUAACAAAUGCGGCGCAGUACGUCAAGGAUGGGGCCAAAGAACUUAAGAGUGCCAAAGACUACCAGAGGAGCAGCCGCAAAUGGCUGUGCAUUGGCCUCAUUCUUCUUCUGAUCAUCAUCUUGGUUAUUGUCGUCCCAGUUGCCACGAGCCUCAGUAAAUCCUAAUUUCCUGAAGCAAAGGAGUGCUCUGAUUGAAGUUAUUGAACUAGUUGAUGGUAAUACACCGUCUAAGGAGAGGCCCCAUUCCAUUCCGUAAGAAGCAUCCAUGAUCCAUAUAUACAUUUAGACCGUAGAGUAUUGCUGCUUGCUUGCUUGUGAGUUGGAGUAGCAGUGCAUGCUACUAAUAUUCCCAGUGGGGUCUGGAGUUGUGCUCAAGCUCCCUCAUUUACAGUAGUAGCAUAAAUUACUGCAGUUUACCCUCUCUCGCUUUUGGCUGCUCAUAUUUUUUCUCCAUGAGGAAUUUCACUUUGUUUUGUUGUUGUAUCUGGUCUCUUUGAUGUUCUACCGUUUCGUACGAGGACAAUUGUGAUGCCUUCUUCAUACUCUCUGGUUUUUACCUUAGUGCUGAGAGGUUAUAAGGAUAUUUCUGAGGUUAUUAUUAUUAUUUUUUUAA